AUGUUUACACUUUUAUUAGAAUUUAUUCUAGUACAUGAUGCUUUGAGUCAAUAUAAGAAUUAUCGAUGCUUUAGAGAGAACAUUACUUCAUAAUAUGAUUGUGAACAUUAUUAUGAAGGGUAGAGUUAUUGGAAUUCAACUAAUUGUUUGAAAAAUGAAACAGUAAUCAAACCAGACACAAGUGAAACAGAUAAAGAUCCAUCCUAUUGUAAUUUAAUUUCAAAGACAGAAUGUGCUAAUAAUUAUAAUUGUGCUUUAAUUAAUAAUAUUUGUCGUCAUUUUACAGGAUGUAGUGCUUAUGAAAUUGAAAAAGAUGAAGAUUGUUAAUCAAUUUCAAAGAGAUGUAUUUCAAAUGGUUAAUAAUGUGUUGAAAUUGGAUUAUGUGAUGAAUAUAUGACUUAAUAAUCUUGUUAAUAUGAUGAGAAUGAAAACUACUGUUAUUGGGAUUCAUCAAUUCAAAAAUGCUUAACUGCUGAUUCAUGUGAAUAAUACCCUAAAUUCUUAAAUACAGAUUAAUUAUGUAGAGAUGAAUAAAAUACAUGUACAGUAGCAUAAUCUGGUGAAGGAUGUGUAGAGAGUGGUAUGAAAUGUUCUGAUUAAUUAUUCCAGAAUCAAUGUUUUUGGAAUAGAGAUAAAACAUAAGAAUGCUUUUGGAAUGGAACAUAAUGUGUUGAUAAGAUAUGUUAGAAUGCACUUAAUACACUUAAUACUGAUGAAUAAUGUAUUAAUUUUAUUAAAAAAUGUACUACCAAAUAAAAUGGAGGAUGUAUAGAUAGAAGUACUUGUGAGGCAGCUACAAUAUAGGAAGCAUGUAAAAAAAAUAUUAAAGGAGAAUUGUGUUAUUGGGAUGGUAAAAAAUGUAUGGAUAAAAUUUGUACAAAUGCUCCUAAUACUUAUAAAACAAAUAAUGAAUGUUAAUCAUUUUUAUCAAAUUGUAUUACAAAUGGAAAUGGAUGUGUUGAUAAUUUAAAUUGUGGUUCAGCAAAACUUGAAGAUGCUUGUGAAAGUGAUUUAUCUAAUAAUUAAUGUGUAUGGGUUAAUAAUAUGUGUUUAAUUGCUUAAUGUUCAUUAGCUCCUAAUACUUUAAUUAGUAAUUUAGAUUGUUCAAAGUUUUUGAUAGGAUGUGUAACUAAAAAGGAUGGAGGAUGCAUGAAAAUAAGUAGAUGUUAAGAUUACAAUAUAGAAGAAGCUUGUUUAAUUGAUUUAAAUGGAGAUGAAUGUUUUUGGAAUGAUAAUAAUUUAUGUGUUGAUAGAACAUGCUAAAAUGCUCCUUUAUCAUUAGAAAAUCACUAGGAAUGUUAAGAUUAUAGUGAAAAAUGUACAAUUGAUCCAAAAACAAAUCUAGGAUGUGUUGACAUGAUUUGUGAGAAUAUCUAAAAUCAAGAAUUAUGUAUAACUGAUUUAAAUGAUAAUAAAUGUUUUUAUACUGAGAAAUGUUCAAGUAAAGAAUGCAGUUUAGCAAAAUUGACUACUGCUUUAGAAUGUAAUAAGUAUCUAAAUGAAUGUACUUUAAAUGAUGAAGGAAAUGGAUGUAUAUUAUUACCCUUGACUUGUAGAGGGAAUAGUAAAAAAGAUAAUUGUUAUUUUAGAAUAGAUGGAAAAUGUGGAUGGGAUAGUUAAAGAAAUGUUUGUAUAGAUAGAUAAUGUUUUACAGCAGAUUAAAGUUAUGAUACAAAUGAAUUAUGUGAUUCAUAUUUAAAAGGAUGUGUAGUAAGCAAUACUAUAGGUUGUAUGGAAUUACCAAAAUUAUGUGAGGAUAGAAAGAAAGAAUUAAAUUGUCAUUUUGAAGAUGAUGAUUGUGUAUGGGGAUUAAAUGAAUGCUAACCAAGAUCAUGUUAUACAGCUUAAUUUGAAUUAGAUUCUAUAAAUAUGACUGAAUGCAAUUCAUAUAUUGAAUGUUCAGAAGAUAUUACUUAAUGUUGUAUUUUAAAUAAUAAUAAUACUAAUUGUUAAGAAAAGAGUACAUGUAAUGUAUUGAAUAAAUUAAAUUGUGUAUCUGAUGCAGCAAUAGAAGGUACAUGUUUUUGGAAUGGAGUUGAAUGUAUCAAUGCAGAUAAUAUAGAAUGUACUGAUUAUAUUGGAUAAAAUCAUUAAUAAUGUUAAGAUUUGAAAGAUACAUGUACUGUAAAUAUAAAUCAAAAUGGUUGUAUAGAUCUAAUGGAAUGUGAGGAUUAUGUUAAUUCAUCAUAGUGUGUAUUAAAUUUGAGAAAAUAAAAAUGUUUAUGGAAUACUUCAACCAAUUCUUGUUUAUCUUAUAGUUGUUCUGAUGCUCCAGAUUCACUUUUAUAUUAAACUGAUGAAUAAUGUAGGAUAUUCUAAAGUGAUUGUACUGUUUAUUAUGAUAUUGGUGGAUGUGUAGAUAAAUAUAAUACUUGUGAAGAAUAUCUAAAAAAGGAGAGUUGUUAUAAAACUAAUACUUCUAAUAAGAUUGAAUGUUUUUGGUAUAAUGAUUCAUGCAGAACUGUCAAAUCAUGUGAUGAUAUAACUUUUCUAUAAACAUAUACUACAAGUUCUUGUGAAUCUAUUCUAUUUGAAUGUAAGGUUAAUACAACAAAUAAUGGAUGUAUUCCUAAAAUUUGUACUGACUAUAAUUACACUACUCUUGAAUAAUGUUUAAGUCUUGAUUCAUGUUCUAUUAAUAGAACUCAGACUUAAUGUAUUCCCAUUUCAGAUUAUUGUUAUUAAUACACAAAUGAAAAUAAUUGUUAUUAUUCUAAAAUUCAAGGAUUAUGUAUUAAAUAUAUAAAUUUGCAAUAACAAUUUUAAUGUAGAAGACAAUAUGAGGAUUGCACAUCAAUGUCAGGAACUGAUAUUACAUGUCCUUCAUUUAGAGAAGCAUGUAUGAAAAAUCCAAACAGUGAUAAUUGCAAGAAAAAGGAAUGUUUUACUAAAACAUAACCUAAAGCAACAUUAGCUGAUUGUUAAAAUUUUGAUCUUAGUUGUACUUCAUAAAUUGAUUUAGAAUAAUGCACAAAUAUAUCAGGUUCCUGCUAAGAUUACUAAGAUAUUAAUUAUUGUCAUUAUUCUAAAACAGGUUUGUGUAUAAUAUAGAAUAAUAAUGGAUAAUUUAUUUGUAAGGAUUUAUUUGAAAUUGAGUUUUGCAGUUAAAUAAAAUUUCAAUAUGAUUCAACUUGUGAGAGUUUGGAUAAAGAAUGCACGAAUAAUCCAGAUAAAACAAGUUCACAAUAAUGCAUUGAUAAGACAUGUAGUAAUGCUAUUAAGUCUGAAUAUAAUCAUUAAAUUUGCCAGGAAUGGAUGUCAAGUUGCACAUCCAAUUAUGAUGGAACAGGAUGUAUAGAAAUUAAAGAUAAAUGUUCAGAUUACACUACUUAAAAUAGUUGUUCAUAAUCUAAAUCAGGUAAAUGUGAAUUUAUAAAUAAUAUAUGUGUUCCUAGGAAAUGCGAAUAUGCACCUUAAACAUUUUUGAAUAAUUAAGUAUGUGAAUCUUAUUUAAAUACUUGUACAGUUGAUAAACUAGGAGGUUGUGAGAAAAGAAAAAAUACUUGUAAUCUUUAUGAACUUCAAAAAUAAUGUUAUUUUGAUAUCAAUAAUAAUAGAUGUUGGUGGAAUCCUACAGAUAAGAAAUGUGUAGAACUUAAAUGCUCAAAUAUUGAAAAAACAUCAUUAUACUCUACUAAUGAAUAAUGCAAAUCUAUUUAAUACAUUAAUUGUAUAUUAGAUAAUACUGGUAUAGGUUGUUAAGAUAAUCAAUAAUAAUGUGAAUCAUUUACAUCAUAAUAAUCAUGUAUUAUUGAUAUUAAAGGAUAAUAAUGUUAAUGGAAUGUUGAUAAAUGUUAUACUAAAACAUGCACUACUGCUCCAACUUCUCUAACAACUUUAUAAUAAUGUUUAACCUAUUAUACAAAGAUUAAAUGCACAACUAAAAGUGGUGGUGGUUGUACAUUUUAGUUAGAUCUUUGUGAAAAUUAUACUGAUUAAGGAUCGUGCAUUAUUACCAAAAAGGGGGUAGAAUGUGGAUAUGAUGAAAGAGAUAAAAAAUGCAAAGUCAAAAGUUGUUUAACAGCACCUUUAUCAUAUACAACACAUAAUUAAUGUAAUAAUUAUCUGAACACAUGUACAGUAUAAACUACUGGAAGUGGAUGUUAAACAAUUCCAGAAACUUGUGAAGAAAUGACUAUGAUACAAUGUGAAGUUAGUGAAUGUAUUUAUGAUAUUGAUCAAAAUAAAUGUAUUACUAAAACAUGCUAGAAUAUACCUGAUAGUAUUAGUGAUUGUACAUAAUAUUUAAAUUCAUGUUAUAAUGAUACUAUUAAAUGUAAAACAGCAAUAUGUGAAUAUUAUUAUUAUUCAACUGAUGAAGAAUGCAGAAAUAUUAUGUCUCAUUGUACUAGUGAUGGAACUUAAUGUAUUCCCAGAAGAAAAUGUAAUUAAGCAUUCAAUGAAGCUAGUUGUGUCUCUUAAUCAGAUGGUCAAUUAUGUUAAUGGACAUCAAAUAAAUAAUGCUAAGUAAGAUCAUGUAAUGUAGCUCCCAAAACCUUAACAACUCAUUCCUAAUGUUAAUAAUAUCUUAAUAAAUGUACAACUCAAUAAAAUGGAGGAUGUAUUAAUUUGAUGUAAUGCUUUGAAUAUAGUAUCUAAGAAUAAUGUCAAAUUGAUUCAUCAUUAAUAUCAUGUGUUUGGGAUACAACUAUAAAUUAGUGUAGAAAUCAAGAAUGUUUAGAUUAGAAUGGUUCAAAUCAUAAUUCUUGUUAAGCUAUUUCAAAAGAAUGUACAGCUGACUAUAUAAGAAGGGGUUUUUGCAUGGAUCUUAUGAAUUGUUCUGAAUAUACUUAGAAAUUACAUUGUAUAAUUGGAAUUGAUGGAAGUUGUUUAUGGAUAAAUAAUUAAUGUUAUUAAUAUUCAUAAUGUGAAGAUAUCAAAUUCUAAACUCAUGAAGAAUGUUAGAAAGUCUCAAAAGAAUGUACAACUGAUGGAAUAUAAUGUGUUCCAAUUACAUUCUGUAAAGAUACUAAUACUAAUGGAGGAUGUUAUGUAGGUAUAGAUGGAGAAUGUAUUUAGAUUGUUGAAAAUGGUAUAAAUAUUUGUACUUAAUUUGAAUCUUGUAAAUAGAUAGCAUUCCCAUCUCAUUCUUAAUGUUAUACAGCUAAAAAUAAUUGUACUACUGAUGGUGUGACAUGUAUUUCCCUUAAUGAUUGUGAUAAAUAUACAUUUCAAAUAUCUUGUGUUAUUAAUAGUGGUGGUAGAAUAAUAUAGGAUAAAAGAGUAAUUUCAACUGGAUAAUGUAUUUGGGAUGUCUCAGCAAAUCAAUGCAGAAAUCAAGUUUGUAAUGAUUUAACUGGUACAACCAAUGAAGAAUGUGAAUCAUAACUCUAUUCAUGUACUAGUAAUGGUAAAACCUGUAUUUCUAAAUUUAAUUGUUCCAGUUUAACUGAUAAAGCAUAAUGCAAUAUUGCUAAAAGUGAUGAAGGAUAAUGUUUUUGGAUCGAUAAUAAAUGUGAAGUUAUUGGAUGUGCUAGUAUUACUAAUUCCAAUUCUGUUGAAUAAUGCAAAUAAUCAAAUAGUAAAUGCACUUAUGAUGGAAAAUCAUGCGUUGCUAUUUCAUAAUGUAAGGAUUAUAAAACCCAAACUUCAUGUAAUUCUAAAGGAACUGAUGGGUUUUGCUCUUGGAUACCUCCGAUUUCAUCUAACAUAACCACAACAACAUAACGUAAUAAAUGUGAACUAAUGAAAUCAUGUGAACAAUCUGAUUAGGAUUAAAACUCCUGUUUGUAGGUUAAAGAUUUGUGUUACUUUAAGAUGGCUACUAAUACAUCUUCUAGUAAAUGUUUAGAACAUACAUGUUAAACUUAUUAUGAAUAAAAUAAAAUAUGUUCAUUCUUUUAUAAUUGGGAUAAGACAGUAAUAACAUUUUGUAAAAUUUAAAAUAAAACAUGUGAUCAAAUAGAAAAUCCAACAAAUUUAGAUGAAAAAGAAUGUUAUUUGCUUUCAGGUUAUACUUAUACAUUUAAUAAUAAAUGUUAAUCUUGCUAACCACCUUAAAGAAAUAUCACUGUUAGUUAGUAAUUUAGUAAAAUUCUAAUUAUCUUUUUGAUUGUGCAAAUUAUUUUAUUUAUUUGA